AUGUUCUCCCUCUUCACCAACAAAAUUCGAAAAACUCCUCCUCGUCUCUCCGCUCAAGCCGAACAACAACUAUUGAACGACAUUGGCACCUCCUUUGGUCGUGCUCUUCAGAACGCUCCCGACGAUUUGAAACGAGAUAAAACCUUCCUUCUGAAAGCCAUCACUCAACAAACACCUUGGGUCCUUCGUUUCGCUUCCGAUGAGUGUCGAUCUGAUAAAUCUCUCGUGUUGAAGGCCGUUCAAUUGGAAGGUUAUUUACUGGAAUAUGCUUCUCAAGAAUUACGUGAAGAUCGACAAGUGGUGUUACAAGCAGUUCAAUCACAAGGACAAGCUUUGAAAUUUGCACAUUCCAAAUAUAGAAAUGAUUGUGAAAUUGUGCAAGCUGCUGUGAAUUCUGAUGGAUUUGCAUUGCAAUAUGCGAGUGUGGAAUUUCAGAAAGAUCGUUCUCUUGCCUUGAUGGCCGUUCAGAAAACCAAAAAUGGUCACACGGCUUUAGGUUAUGUAAAUUUGGAAUUUCGAAAAGAUCGAGAAAUUGUAAUGGCAGCUGUCACAUAUGAUUAUCGAGCAUUACAAUACAUUGCCAGUGAUGAAUUGCGAAUGGAUAAACAAAUUGUAUUGGAAGCUGUGAAACAACUAGUGUUGCAAGUGUAUCAUCCAACAUUGGUUUCUGACAAGUCAUCGUUGUGGUGGUACAUGAAACAAUCUUCCGCCAAUCAACCAGCAGUAUUAUCUCUUGUUUCAGAAGAGUUGAGAAAUGAUGAAGAAUUGAUGAAAGAUAUUGAUGUCAUUAUUGAAAAGGGAAUUGAGGCAUGUCGAAAAGAAAGUGAUUUGCAAUUUCGACGAACAGUGUUGGAAAGACUUCUUGUGGAUGUGUCAUUGACAAAGAAGAUCGGAAGUAAUGUGGAAACAAGGGCAAAGACAAGUUUGAAACAAGAAAAGAAAAAUGAUGUUCAAACAAUUGACAGUUUGACAGUUGGUACUGUCGAUUGGAAUGAUUUAAGAAAUCAGUCAGUGUUGUCAACGCAAGCAAAAUCGGAAAUGAAAAUAGUUGAAACAGUAACAAAUUCGACACUAGAACGAAUUCUUGUCAAGCUCGAUGAUGAAAAAUUUGGAAAAAAGAAUGCAAAAAUUACCAUAGAAGGAAAUUCCUUCAAAUCUCUCGUGCACAAUGUCAAGACAAUAUUUAGUGAAUUGUUAUUACUACAACAUGAAACCGAAAUUAUUUUGACCUAUUUCGAUACCAAUUUAUGUGAUGACAUUGUUAUUUACAAUGAUCAUGAUGUCAAGGAUUUUAUGGAAUUUUUCAAAGAUUCCAAUGUCGAAUAUAAGAACAAAUUUAUUCGAGUUUCCAUGACAACGGGAUCAAAAAGACAGUUAUCUUCUUCAGCAAGCUCAACAGUUCAUUCACGUAGUGAAAAGAGCCAAGAAUUUGAAAAAGAAGGAAAUUCUGACAAGGAUCACAGUUUUGAAAAGUUGAGAAUUCACUCCAUGAAUUCUAGUUCUGCAUUUCCAAAUUCAGAAUUUAUCAUUUCUUCAUCGAGUAAGAGUGAGAAUAAUAGUUCUGUCUUCCCUAACUCUGGAUACAUUGGAAGUUUCCAUGCUGAUUCCUCUCAACAAACAAGCAACAAAUCCAACACAACCCGAAGUGUCACUAAUCAACAAGAUGAACUCUCGAAAAUUGAAAAAUAUUUACAAUCCAAAUACGAGAAAAUUUCAUACCUUGCACGGGGUGGAUUUGGCGUUGUCUAUCACGUCAUUGAUCUCAAAUCCAAAAAAGAAAAGGCCUUAAAACAAUUACGACUCGAUGACAUUGAAAAUUUCAAUUCUGCACUUCGAGAAGCUUUGAACAUGUCCAAAUUUUCACAUCCAAAUAUUGUUCAAAUUUAUGAUGCGUUUGCACCCAAUGUCAUGUCGAGUUUAUGUAUUGAAAUGGAAUUGAUGAAAGGAAGUUUAUUGUCAUUAUUUAUUGAAAAAAAAGUGAAAUUGUCUGAAAAGAUGUUGAGACAAGUGACACGACAAUUAUGUGAGGCGUUGAAUUGGAUAUUUACUCAACAUAAUAUUUUACAUCGAGAUAUCAAACCAGGAAACACUCUCGUACGUGAUUACGACUUGUCCACUGAAACUAUUCAAGUGGCUUUGGCAGAUUUCGGAUUAUCCAAAUCGAUCGAUCUCCUCACCACUCAUGGUUCUCGACCUGGAACAUUGUUAUUUAUGGCUCCUGAAUUAAUUCAUUCCAAACAUUCCAAUCAAGAAAUUGCACCUUUUUCUGUGCAUAGUGACAUGUUUGCACUUGGAGUGACGCUGUUUCAAUUGAUGACUUGUAACACGACAUUGGCAUUGGCUCAAUUCUGUAUGGAAGGUGAAGAUAUGAAGAAAUUUCUGAAAAAGAAGUUGAUUCAAGUGGAAAGUUUGAAAGAUGCGACGACGACAUCGUAUUCAGAAGAAUUUAUUGACAUUGUUGCGAGAAUGUUGAUGUUGGAUCCUAAUGAAAGAAUUACAUUGCGAGAAGUGCUUACCGAAUGA